CCGCGAGCCAGGAGCGGCCCUCGCUGGCCUCGCCCCAUUCGCAUGGCGUGGGGCAAGAAGCAACCCAGCGACAAGGCGCCGCACCUGGGCUACAGCUCAGGGUUUGCUGAGCGCUACGAGCUUGGCAAGGAGAUUGGGCGGGGCGGCAAUGGCGUGGUGCGGCUGGGACGCUGCAUCGCCUCAGGCCGCACUGUGGCGAUCAAGUCAAUCCCCAAGGUGUUGGCCGACCCCAACGCCAGCGAGCGCAAGAAGGCGGAGCAGAUCCCCUACCUCAAGCGCGAGGUGGAGGUGCUGCUGGCGCUGCGGGGCACGCUGAACGUGGCCAACCUGGAGGAGGUGUGUGAGGAUGGCAGCCACGUGCACCUGGUGCUGGAGCACUGCUCCGGCGGCGAGCUGCUGGCGCGCACCAAGAGCGCGCGCCACUACUCGGAGCGCACCGCCGCCUCCUUCCUGCGCGCCGUGCUGCGCGCGGUGGCGGUGUGCCACGCCAAGCGCAUCAUCCACCGGGACAUCAAGCCCGAGAACUUCCUGCUGCUGUCGGAGGAGGAGACGUCCCCCAUCAAGGCAAUCGACUUUGGGCUGGCCGUCUUCUUCGACCCGCAGCAGCUGCCCGUGACGGGGCUCAACCCAGAGGGGACGCCCUGGUACCUGGCGCCCGAGUGCUGCCGCGCCAAGUGGUAUCCAGUCAGCGAUGUGUGGGCGGUGGGCGUCAUGGCGUGUUACCUCCUCACAGGCGCCUACCCAUUCCUGGACCGCAUGUCUCCAAAGAUGCCCGACCUGGUCCGCACGCUGCGCAGCAUUUGCUUUGAGGAGCUGGAUCUGGCGCAGCCCCAAUUCCAGGCAUUGUCCGAGGAGGCUCGCACCUUCAUCCAGGGCCUGCUGGUCAAAGAUCCGCUGCAGCGGCCCAGCGCCGAAGAGGCCCUGCGACACCCCUUCCUCAAGGGCAAGAAGGAGGACCGUGCCGCCGGCAAGCCGCUGGAUAAGACCGUGGUGCAGCGCAUACAGCGCUUCGCCCAGAACUCUCUGUUCAAGCGCAGCGUGCUGGAGCACAUUGCCGCCGACCUUCUGGCCAUGCAUUUCACCCCAGAGCCCACCUCCCACGGCGCCUCGGUGUUCAAGGAGAGGAGCGUGAAGGGCGGCCAGGCGUUU